AUGGCACCUCCAUGGGUCACAUUCGAUAGUAUUGCGACCUGGGAUGGAGAUUGUGCCAAUGGAGCAGAGCCAGACAUUGCUGGCGUCGGUGUCGUCUUGUCUUUUGUCAUUGCAAGCUUCAUGACCACGUUCGCGUCCAUCCUCGCCAUGCUUCUCGAUCAAGCCUUCGAUACGAAAGGUCACUUCACGCCUCGAGCGCCGCUCACAUACAUUCGUGAGCGCUUCUUGGAGAACGAGUGGAAGAGGCACUACGCGUGGCGUCCAUUUCUUGACCCACUCAUCAUCGGGUUCGGUGAUCAACAACUCAUCACGGGCUAUGCUGUACUUCUGAGCGGAUGGAUCAAAGUGGCUCAAGGCUCUUUCCGAGUGCAAGGUUCCCACUUCGUUCUUAUCCUCUACGUGUGCGCGCUAUCAUCCUCCUCUCACCUCGCAGCCCUGAUCACGCUCCGCAAAUACUUCCGCAAGUACAAGCUCAUUGCGAAGAUCCGCCUCACACUCGUCGUAUUCUUCGCUGUUUUCCUACUCACUUCGAUGAUUGCUGCGAUUGCCAUGCCGCCGAUCCUCGUCGAAGGCGAUGAUGGCACAUCUAUGGUACGAAGUCGUGUACAGAGGCUUUCAUUCCUGGUCCCUCUAUUCCUCAUUCUUGUCGGCUUCUCAACAGCAUUGGUGUGCAUCCUGUAUGACCCAGAAGGCAGAGGACUCGAAUCACCGUCAUCGUCGUCUUCGGAGAGGUCAUUACAGGCCCUUGUACGUCGAUUUACAGACCCGACACAAAAGCAGAAGGGCUUCACGCUUCGAGCGCUUUCCCCAGCGCGGCUUGGCCUACAACUCAUAUAUUAUCUCUUCCUCAACCCAGCAAUCACGUUCGUAGUCCAGAUUCUACUCGCCAUACUGUCCGCCAUCUUGGUGCUCACGCAGAAGUUUGCAAGGCCAGAGGAUCCGGAUAAGUCUUGCGGACUGCAAGAUGACGAAGAGAAUGUCUGGGGCUUUGGCCAGACUUUGAGCGUGGUCAUGCUUUUGUUGCCAGCUAUCACAGCUUUGCAAACGUACCUCGAGGCGCGACAGGAUAUCAAGAAGGGCUUUACUAGAACGCACGAUUGA